UGACAUCACCGGACAACAAAAGGUCCAGCCCACGAGAGACACCCCAUCAAUCGAACUGCAACGGCGCACAGUAGUAUCUACGUGACGCUCGCACCGCUUCGCAGGACACCACAGGCGCGUCAGCAGAUCUGACCAGGGCAGGCCAGUCUAAACAGUUAGGUCCUAAAUAUGUCACAACAGGACUUCUCCGAUGUCGACCGGUCCGUCACAUAGUAACUUGCUGUUCACGUAGGAAAUCUCUCUAAUAUCUGUCAUCCAACGGUAACCCGGCGUAACUCGGAUUGUUAGACGGAUAGAAUCGGAUAUUAUGCCAAGGAGGACUCGACCCGGACCCGUUCACUAGGGUGUCGCCGUGGUUCGCAGGAGGCUCAUGUGGAUUAACAAGAAUUGAUGUGUACUUUGGCGGAGCCUAAAGCUGGGACGACGGCCGGGCAGAUUGCUUCCUUCUCGGGAACUCACUGAUCAUGGUCGCCGUGGUCCGAACUCUCAUGGUACUGCUGCUCCAUCAGGUGUUGAUAGGAGGUACGUCCGGACUCAUUCCCGACACCGGCCGACGGAAACACGCCGAGUCAGGAAGACAGACUCCGGGCCAGUCGGAGAGCUUUUUGAACGAUUUUGAGCUCAGACUUUUGAACAUGUUCGGACUGAAACGGCGGCCAACGCCAAGCAAGACGGCCAUCGUGCCGCAAUAUAUGCUAGAUCUUUACCACCUGCACUCGGAAAACGGUGACCAUAGCACGAAGCGGAUGAGAAACGUCAUGGCCAGGCACGCGGAGACAGCCGCCAGCAGAUCCAACACUAUACGAAGUUUCCACCAUGAAGAAUCCUUAGAGGCCCUGUCCAGUCUGAAAGGCCGGACGACGCAGCAGUUCUUCUUCAACGUGAGCUUCAUCCCGUCUGGGGAGAGCGUCAAUGCUGCCGAGCUCCGCCUUUUCCGGGAGCAGGUCCUGGACAGCGGCGAUGGUUCCCAGGGCAACGGCAGCAUGAGCGGGCAGCAGCACCGCAUCAAUGUCUACGAGGUGUUCCACCCGGCGAAGAGCAGCAGCGGUGAUGGUGUUGACCACCAGGAGGCGCUAGUGAGGCUCAUGGACACCCGGCUGGUGCAGGACUCCCACAGCCGCUGGGAGAGUUUCGACGUGGGCGCCGCCGUGCAGAGGUGGACCUCCGGCACCGCGCCCAACCACGGACUCAUGGUGGAGGUUGUCCACCCAGAGGGGGACUCCGAGACAGAAAUAGACGACGCAAACAAUAAUAACAACAAAAACAAAAGUGGCAGCAGCAGAAGGCACGUGCGCAUGAGCCGCUCCCUGCACGGGGACGAGGACUCCUGGGCUCAGGCGCGCCCCCUGCUGGUCACCUACAGCCACGACGGGCAGGGCGGCGCCACCAUGCGCUCGCGGCGGGAGAAGCGACAGGCGGUCCCGGGGCGUCGCGGCAGUGCCGGCGGUAAGCCCCGUAAGAAGCACACGCGCUCCUGCCGCCGCCACCCGCUCUACGUGGACUUCAGCGACGUGGGCUGGAACGAGUGGAUCGUGGCGCCGCCCGGCUACCACGCCUUCUACUGCCUCGGCGAGUGCCCGUUCCCGCUGGCCGAGCACCUCAACUCCACCAACCACGCCAUCGUGCAGACGCUGGUGAACUCGGUGAACGGGCACAUCCCGCGCGCCUGCUGCGUGCCCUCCGAGCUCAGCCCCAUCUCACUGCUCUACCUGGACGAGUACGAGAAGGUCAUCCUCAAGAACUACCAGGACAUGGUGGUGGAGGGCUGUGGCUGCCGGUGAGGAUGUCGGACUUUUGCGACUCUGGCCCGAGCUUGGGCCAGAUACAACCCCCUCCACCAACCCCACCCCCAACAGCACCGACUGCCACAGACCGCUCAAACAACCCCAACCCUCAAGCCUCAAACAUCCACCUGUGACUAAAAUGGAUGUGAACAAUUUACCCAAUGUCCAAUGAAGACUUUUAAUUUAUAUGAAAACAAAAGAACUUUUUUUUUCUAAUAAAAGACUUAACAAAACUAAACAAAAAAAAACACGUAUGGAGGAGAGAAAGAGAAGUAAAAAAU